AUGCGUAACAACAGAGUAACGUUUGGCUCCGAACACGUAAAGUGCCUCAUGCUUCAAUUGCUGACCGCCAUUCAAUAUCUACACGAUAGCAGUGUAUUUCACCGUGAACUCAACACCUCCAAGAUUCAACUUACCGAAGAUGGUAUAUUGAAGGCAGAUUUUGGUCAGCAAGAUACGCCAGAUAUGGUCGGUUACAGCACUUUACUAAUGGUAGAAAACAUUGUGUUCGACAACUAUCCUCCCGGCGGGUUGGACAAAAAGAUGAGUCGUGAACUAAGAUCAAAUGACCAAAAUAUUUAUAAAUUUGAGAACACCUUCAGACUCAACUUGACCGGGUCACAGCGCAUUACCAAUGAUCAAGCAGAAACUCCAGAUACUGAGGUUGCCCGAACUCCCUUUCACCUAGUUUUACAAAACAGUAGGUUGAUUGGGGAGUUUGAAGUUAUCAAUAGAGUUAAUGAAGAAACAUACGGUGUUGUAUACAGAGCAAGCGACAACCAAACAGGCGACAUUGUUGCCCUAAAACAUUUCAAAAAAAUUUAUGAGACGACAGGAUUCUCCAUCGCCGCGCAGAGAGAGCUCGACCUACUGAUGGAGAUGGAGCACAUCAAUAUUGUCACAGGACACGAGAUUGCGGUGGGCUCCAGACGCGACCAAUAG